CAUUGACGCCAUUUUGUUAGUUGUCUACAUGUGGAGGCUCUGUCAGGAGUUAUGAAGGUUUGAUUUCGUCAAACGUGACAUCUAAGUAGAAAAUUAUGGAGAAUCUCUUAGAGCAGCAAAGGAGACUUCACGAGGAAAGGGAAAGAUUGGAAAAUGCCAUGGCAGAUGAAGUUUUGCACAAGAAACAAUUGGGAAAAGAACAGAUUAAUUCUGAUCAUCAAGUGAAGAUUUUAUUGGAGCGAUCAGCUUUAAAUGCAGAGACACUUUCAAGCCUUUAUGAGGAUAAGGAUGGUUUACGCAAAGAAGAAGUUUCAGCUUUGUCUGGACCUAAUGAGUUUGCAGAGUUUUAUGCCCGUCUCAGGAGUCUAAAGGAAUAUCACAGAAAAUUCCCAAAUGAGGUUGCAGAACCAAUGCAGAUGGAAUUUUUAAAGCUCAAGGAGGCACGUGAUAAUCCAACAGAUGAAAUGCAAAAUGUUGUAGAGUUUACAGAUGAAGAAGGAUAUGGAAAAUACUUGGACCUGCAUGAACUGUAUGACAAGUUUCUAAACUUGAGAGGAGUAGAGCGCAUCGAUUACCUAACCUACCUAGAAACAUUUGACAGACUUUUUGAUAUUGCAAAAGAAAAGAAAAACCCAGAGUAUAGAAGGUAUAUUGAAGCUCUCCUGGACUAUCUGUAUGAUUAUACACAUAGGGUUUUACCUUUAUAUGACCUGGAAGGGGAACUGGAGAAAGUUAUGUCAGCAUUUGAAGAACAAUGGUCAAAAGGAACCUUUCCAGGAUGGAUGAAAGAUGCAAGCAGUGCCUUAGCUCAUUCUGGAGCCCAUCUUGACUUGUCUGCCUUUUCAUCUCCAGAGGAACUGGCUUCCUUGGGACUGGAUCGACUGAAACAAGCUUUGCAAGCUUUAGGCUUGAAAUGUGGAGGAUUUCCUGAAAGUCUACCGGUUGUAAAAAUGAAGUUUUCUGCCUAUGAAGUCAACACAGUCCUUUUUGCCUGGCAUAUUUUCAACAAAAAGGGUAGCUUCGACUUUAGCCACAUGGUUUCUCACUAUAAUAUACCCGUUUCAGUAACACUACGCUUCGAGCCAAUGGAACAGAGACAAGCCACAAGGGAGAAUGUUGAACGAAAGCAAGCACGCACGUCCGAUGAAUUGGAGGAAGAAGAAGAGCAUGAAGAGGGCCACGAGUCAGAUUCUGAUGAUGAGGAAACCGUCCUUUAUAAUCCUAAAAAUUUACCUCUUGGAUGGGACGGAAAGCCUAUUCCAUAUUGGCUGUAUAAGUUGCACGGGCUGAAUAUAAGCUACAGUUGUGAGAUAUGUGGCAACUUCACUUACAGGGGUCCAAAGGCGUUCCAGAGGCAUUUCGCGGAAUGGCGUCACGCACACGGCAUGAGAUGUCUUGGAAUCCCAAAUACAGCGCAUUUUGCCAACGUCACUUUGAUAGAAGAUGCUGUUGCAUUAUGGCAUAAGUUGAAGGCUGUGAAGGCCAAAGAACGUUGGCUUCCUGAUCAAGAGGAAGAAUACGAAGAUUCUCUUGGAAAUGUUGUAAACAAACGGACGUUUGAAGAUCUGAGUCGUCAAGGAUUGUUGUGAAGAUGUCACAUUCCUCGUUUAUUUCUCCUAUUCUCAAAAUUUGUAUUUUUUAACGUAACGAAGCAGUGUCAUUCUCUUAGUUGUUUGGUGUGCAUAGCGAUAAACACUUUUAUUUCAUGGAAAUUCAUCUUAUGUGUCAAGUAACUUACAAAUUACGACUGUGAAAUGUAACACUUUUGCGUGGUCUAAAGCAAGAUAAAAAAAGCUUCAAUUA